AUGCAAUGGAUUCCUCAAUUUUUCAUCAUUUUGACUAUAACAGCGGCUGGCAUUUCGGCUGAAUGUCUUCAGAGCGAGCGGAACCUAUUUCUCUGGCAAGUGAGCGGGCCAUCUGGACGUCAACUCGGUUUUCUAUUUGGCACUAUUCACGUACCAUACACCAGGAUAUGGGAUAGAGUAUCCGACCGUGUCAAAGAAGCCUUCGAACGCUCGGAAUCAGUUUUUGUGGAAGUCGACCUGCAAGACGAACAAACGAUCCGCCGGCUGAUGAAAUGCAAAAAUCUGAAGAAGCCGAGGACAAGUCUACAAUAUCUGGGCAAUGAGCUGCAUACCAGAUUACAGAAAUAUUUUGCAAAUUAUCGAAGGAGGGUGAUCAGUUUACUGCGCGAAAAGGACGAUUUGGAAGACGCUAAAGGGGUUGUGACGAAUUUUAACCACGUCGUUGGAGGUUGGGACCGUCGUCGCCCGGAGUGGCUUCUCUUCGUUUUGUAUCAACUUUGCGAGGCCGGAAUCGACAGGGAAGAAUCUCAAAUGCUCGACGCUUUUCUGGCAGAAUUGGCCGUCGCUUCGGGGAAAGAGAUUUAUUCGAUUGAGACACCUCAGGAGCAAUGCAACCCCGUGGAAUCGUUGUCCGAGGAACAGCUGGUCUUCGCGAUCAACUACACCCUCUCUUACCUCGAAUAUCAACUCGAAAUGAGGAAAAAUCCGGUUUUAAAAGUGGAUCGGCCCCGGAGAACGCAUGAUAUUGUUAGAAGCUACGAGUGUGGAAGCCUUGAAAAAGAUGUGUUUCAAUCAGACACGCGUGAUCGAUACGGGCAGAUAUUGAACGAGACGGAUAUCGAGAGGGCAAAGGAGAUCGACCGUCUCCUCAAAGACGACAUUCUGGUCAAACGAAAUGUUCGAAUGGCUUCUCGUAUCGAUAAGCUGAUCACUUCCGGUGGUCAAACCAACUUUUUCGCGGCCCUAGGCACCGGUCACUUCAUCGGUGAGAAAAAUAUCAUCACACUCCUCCAACAACGAGGAUACGCCAUUAAAGCGGUCAAGGAAGAGGAUGUUUUGUUAUACCAUCGCAAAGAUGCCAAUUUUCGUGCUCUGUGGAGCGAACGGAACCUAUUUCUCUGGCAAGUGACCGGCCCAUCCGGCCGUCAACUCGGUUUUCUAUUCGGCACCAUCCACGUCUCGUACACCAGGAUAUGGGAUAGAGUAUCCGAUCGCGUCAAAGAAGCUUUCGAACGCUCCGAAUCAGUUUUUGUCGAAGUCGACCUCCAAGACGAACAAACGAUCCGCCGUCUGAUGAAAUGCAAAAAUUUGAAGAAACCCAGGACAAGUCUACAAUAUCUGGGCAAUGAAUUGCAUACCAGGUUACAAAAAUAUUUUGCAAAUUAUCGACGUCGUCUGAUCAGUUUACUGCGUGAAAAAGACGAUUUGGAAGACGCGAAAGGCGUUGUCACGAAUUUUAACCACGUCGUUGGAGGCUGGGAUCGUCGUCGCCCAGAAUGGCUCCUUUUCGUGUUGUAUCAACUUUGCGAGGCCGGAAUCGACAGGGAAGAAUCUCAAAUGCUCGACGCUUUUCUGGCAGAAUUGGCCGUGGCUUCCGGGAAAGAGAUUUAUUCGAUUGAGACACCUCAGGAGCAAUGCAACCCCGUGGAAUCGUUGUCCGAGGAACAGCUGGUCUUCGCUAUCAACUACACCCUCUCAUACCUCGAAUAUCAACUCGAAGUCAGAAAAAAUCCGGUAUUAAAAGUGGACCGACCGAGGAGAACGCAUGAUAUUGUUAGAAGCUACGAGUGUGGUAGCCUUGAAAAAGAUGUGUUUCAAUCUGACACGCGUGAUCGAUACGGGCAGAUUCUAAACGAGACGGAUAUUGAGAGGGCAAAGGAGAUCGACCGUCUCCUAAAAGAUGACAUCCUCGUGAAAAGAAAUGUCCGAAUGGCUUCUCGUAUCGAUAAACUGAUCACUUCCGGUGGUCAAACCAACUUUUUCGCGGCAUUAGGAACCGGCCAUUUCAUCGGUGAGAAAAAUAUCAUCACACUGCUUCAGCAACGAGGUUAUGCCAUCAAAGCCGUCAGGGAAGACGAUGUUUUAUUGUCCCAUCGUAAAGAUGCGAACUUCCGAGCACUGUGGGUCCGCGAAGAUCCAGUUUCCGACGCCGAAUACAACAAAUUGAUUCGGAAUGUCGACUGUGAUAUUUUGCAUAAAUUAUUG